AAAAUGUAGAAGAGCCGUCAGAUUUAGGGCAUCCUAGUCAUUCCAAAAGCUUUAGCUUGCCAUCUUCACUGCAAACAAACAACCCUUCCAGUCUCCGCCUCCAUCCUGAGAGAGAGAAUCAUAUAACAGGGGAAAACAAGAUGGUUCAACGGCUGACAUACCGGACGCGCCAUAGCUACGCCACCAAGUCCAACCAGCACCGGGUCGUUAAAACUCCUGGUGGGAAACUUGUCUACCAGACGACUAAGAAGAGAUCUAGCGGACCCAAAUGUCCUGUUACUGGCAAAAGAAUCCAAGGGAUUCCUCACUUGAGACCUGCUGAAUACAAGAGGUCUAGGCUACCUCGGAAUAGGAGGACUGUGAACCGUGCUUAUGGUGGUGUGUUAUCUAGUGUUGCAGUCAGGGAAAGGAUCAUUCGGGCCUUUUUGGUUGAAGAGCAGAAGAUUGUGAAGAAGGUUUUGAAGAUUCAGAAGGCCAAGGAAAAGCAAACAUCAAAGAGCUAGAUGAGAUGACAAAAGCUUUACUUUCAAUUUUACUUUGUUUCAAUUAAAUUUUGACUUUGAAGAGAUGAUGAAUUGUGCACAUUAUUAGUAUGAGGUAUUUCUUUAUACAGUAA